AUGGCCAAGUUCAAACCCGAAGACAUUCCCGACCUUCAUAGAAAAGUUGCCAUUGUCACUGGUGGCAAUCGAGGCAUGGGCUUCCACAUCGUACAACAACUUGCCUCCCAUGGAGCCAAAGUUUACCUGGCUGCCCGUUCAGAGGCUUCGGCGAGGGAAGCCAUCCAGCGCAUAGAAGCCGAAAAGCCUGAGCUUCAGGGAAAGGAUCGCGUGGUAUACUUGAAGCUCGACCUCUCUACGCUUCAAUCGGCCCAAGACUCCGCGAAUGAGUAUCUUCGACUAGAACAGAGGUUAGACAUCAUCGUUCAUAACGCCGGAAUCAUGAAUCAUCCGUAUGCGAAAACUGCCGAUGGACUGGAGGACUCUAUGGGAAUAAAGUACGUCGAAUGUCUUUUAUACGGCACUUCCAGGCAGCCAGAGAGUGAUGUUCGGGUCGUAAUAGUAUCUUCAUCCAUUCAUUCUCGUGCUCCGGCUGCAGGCAAAUUCGCAACACUGGACGAGAUCAAUGACCCCCUUGCACCUCCAUCUUCACAGGACGGAAUCGUCGCACGAUAUGCUCGUUACGCCCGUUCAAAACUAGCGAAUAUCCUUUACGCAAAGCAAUUACAAAAGGAAUUUGACGCGUCCUCUUCAACGGCGCUCGCCAUCUCUCUCCACCCGGGUGGAGUCGCCACGGAGACUGUCCUAGACGAUCAAGAAUCCGUCCCAUUCCUGGGCCCGGUGUUGAAGUUUCUCGUCGCAAAGCUCGCCAAAUCCCCCCUCGACGGAGCGUUGGUCGCCUUGCAUGCUGCCACGUCUCCAGACGUGCGGAAAAAUUCGGCUACAUACGGCGGUGCCUACAUUGGCUCCUUGGCUAAAGUGACGCCCGCUAGCGCGGACGGCCAGAGCGACGACCUCGCUAAGAAACUCUGGGAAGUGACUGAACAGAUUUCCACCGAAAUUCUGAGUGAAUAA